AUGGGAGCCAAUCCGUCCAAAACACUUGAUCCACCGCAGACACUGGUAUGGAAAAGCGACACGCCCGUUCAAUUCUCGCAAACACUCCUGAAUUCUCUUCAAGCCAGUCCAGAGUCUGACUCCACUCGUGCGAAGGCACUUGAACUUCAAAUCCAAUCGCGUGUCAAUGCUGAACUACAACGACUACAGUCUGAUGCCUCCAAAGAAUACACCGAUCUACAGGCCAGGAUCUCAGCUAUUGAACCAAAUAGUAGUGAUAACACGUCAGCCGGCGAUAAAUUGCGGGAGAUGGGGCGCGAGGCAGUGCAAAGUGAUAUUCGAGAACUUCAGCACAAGCUACAACAAAGGAAGCGAGUGCGGGAGAUAGAUGAGGGCGUGGCGGUUGCCAAGGAAGCACUGGUUACUUGCUUGACGGAGAAUGAUCGGAGGCCGUUGGACUGCUGGGCCAAAGUGCAAAAGUUCAAGGAAGAAGUGGCUAGACUGGAGAAUGAAUGGGUAGAAAAGGUUGUGCGGUGA